AUGGAAGAGUUACCCGGGAAACAUGUCGGCACAACCGUAUUUGUACACGAUGGCUAUGUUUAUCAUAAGGACAAGCGAUGCAAAAGAAUUUAUCGGUGCUCAUCACGGCGAAGAUUGGAAUGCUACGCGAUAUUGAUGCAAAAUGAAGUAGGAACGUAUAUUUUAAAAUCACCACACAAUCAUCCAGCAGAUGAGACAAUACAACAGCAAAUUGAAAUAAAGCAAGAAAUGUUGCAGAUGUUUCAAGAAACAUGGAUGAAACCUAAAGAAAUAUUUGAUACUAUAUGCCGAAGAAACUCAAUAGCGGCUGCAAAAAUAUCUUAUCCUAGUGUGAGAAGCUUUCUCAAUAGGGAGCAAAAACGUCGAAAGCCGGAAAUACCACAAACCAUUACCGAAUUUGAAUUAACAUUAAUAAAUUAUCAACUAGUUCAACAUAUCUUUAAGGGCACGGUGAUAUCAGAUGAGGGUUAUAAAGCAUUUAUAUUUACAAGUGACGUCUUACUAAAUACCUUAGUAACAGCAACAGAAAUUUAUAUAGAUGGUACAUUUUCGGUAAUGCCCAGAGUGCCAUCCUUUGCACAAUUAUAUACUAUUCACACACGCUAUAUGGACACACGUAUAACUGUCCUCUUCGUAUUGUGCGAAAAACGUACAAUGAGUUUGUUUAACGCAAUUUGGCAAAAAGUAAAAGAGCUCUGUCCAAAUGCGUUACAACGAGUACAAUUAGUCAUGAGCGAUUAUGAACGCGCAGCAAUGACUAUCGCAAAACAGAUUUUUCCGGAAUCACUAAUAAUCGGCUGCUGGUUUCAUUUUAAUCAGGCUGUAUUAAGACAUUGGAAAACUUUAGAAUUAGCAGCAGCUCCAAGGACAAUUCUCGGUCUUACUAUGGCUUUACCAUUAGCUCCGAUUGAUGCAUUCGAGGAAGGAUUGCAAAUAAUCCAAGAAGAAGCCGAUAUGUUGUCGGCGGAACAUCCCGCUGUAUUGCAAUUUACUGUGUAUUUAAGACGUACUUGGCUACCAUUAAAAAAUAAUAUUUCUGUGUCUAAACAGACAAACAAGUUUGUGGAAAAUUUGCAUUUUAAAAUCUUUCGUAAUUUGGUAAAACUGAUACCAAUAUUUGGAAUUUUCUUCGAAAAAAAAGUUGAAAAACUGACAGAAGGCCGUACUAUAAGAAAAAUACGGGUUCAAUAUAACAAGAAUCACGAUAAACGUAUUACAGAUGCGCAAUCUUUAUUGACUUCGGGAAGUGACGUAUCAAUAUAUAAUGUAUAUUUUUUUAAUCUAACAAAAAGAACAUAUUUGUUAUACGUUGCAGAUUCACAAAGCGAUAUAGAUGAAGAAAUAGUAAACGAGACUACCGAUUCAGUCUCAGUAACGGAAAAUAUUGAAAAUACACCUCCACGUCGUCGCGGAAGACCUCGCAUACGUGGUCGCAAUCUGAGUUCAGGAAUAACUGCAACGUCGCAGAUUUCAGUAGUCGAUGAAGGUGAAAAUUUGAAUGCUGGACGUACGGUUAGAGGUGGCAGAAGUCGCGGCAGGCCUCCUAGACGUCGCGGCAGGCCUCCUAGACGUCGCGGCAGGCCUCCUAGACGUCGCGGACGACGCGGUAGACUUGCAACAGUAUUAUUAAAUGAUAUUCGAGAAGUGGAAGAGACAACUACAAAUAUCGAAGAAACCGAAAGUGGAAAAACACAGCAAGCAAGUUUGGAAACUAUUACAAAUAAUAAAAAUGAAGUAAUAAACGAAGAUGAUCGCAUUUUUGCCACACCAGAAGAUGAUUACGGUGCUCUCGGUUUGUAUGACGGCGAACAAAACGAUGAACUACCAUUUUAUCUUGCAAGUUUAGUAUUUACAUCUACAUCAAACGAACGCAUGGGGUGCAUGUUGUAUAUGCUUGAAUACAAUUGCUACUCAUAUAUUUGGGCCAUGCGGGCACUUAUAUAUUUGUAAUGAUUGCAAACAGCAAACCGAAGACGAAAAAUGUCCGUUAUGUCGAGAGAAAUAUCUGCAAUGUAUUCACGUUAUUAUGACAUAACAUUAAAUUUAAGUCCUUAUACAAAGUGUUAACUAUAAUUUUCUAUUUAUCAUCUGUAUUUGAAUUGCUCGGUUUUUGAUCUUUUUAAUAUUAUCUCUUAAUAUAUCUUAAUAUUACUCUGAUGGCAGAAACCCUAAUUACUAUCACUUUUUCAGCACAAAGUGAAAAAAGAAAAGUCAUUAAACUGAUAAUUCUACGAGAUAACAUUUUGUUUAUUAUUGUUAAUUAAAGACGAUUAUUAAUAUAAA